AUAAUUAACGUUUAACGAUAUCAGGCACUAGCUGUGUAUCUGUGUAUCAGCUGUUGAUUUGAAUUGAAGUGACAUUUGUUAGCACAGGCUAGAGAGCCUAGCCUAGCUAGUUAAAAUUACAAGUUUAGGUUAGCUUUCUCCUUCCCAUUGCAUAUGGCAUGUGAUAAGCUGGAAAAUCUAUUAUUAGAUGAAGAUGAAAACUUGGCCAAAAAUUUGAAUGGUACCUUGGUCUUUGCCAGUGACAAUAGUAGUGCAGGUAGUGGGAUUUCCUGUUAUCUGGAUGUAAAAGACAGCAUAUCACUGUCUACAUCUUCUGCCUCCCCAUCACCCCCUACCACACCAGUCAUCCUAUCCGGGGCCAGUCCAAGAUUAGGCAUCAGUGGUAGUGGCAACUUCAAGUCGGCCACCGGUUCCUGUGAUGUCAAAUUUGAAGUCAUUGACACUAGCAUCGUUGGGGAGAAUAAAACUAAGCAUGUGGAAUACACAAUUUUACUGAUGAAUACAGUUGGCUUGGACACAAUGCCUGCAAAAAUAGUUAAAAGAUAUUCCCAGCUGAACACCUUACGGCGAGAUCUAAUGAACAUAGAUCGCAACUUUAUCUCAAGCAUCUCAUUCCCAUCCAAGAAACUAAUUGGCAACUUCACCAAUGUUACACUGCAGGAAAGGAGCAAGGCAUUUGAGAAUUUCCUAAUCAACGUUUUCUCCCACAAGAAAUUACGUUUCAGUAGAAUUUUCGUGAACUUUUUGUACGGAGCUGACGUUGUUGAAGGGUACAGGUUGAUUGAAAAUGGCCUUUACGAGAGGGCAGCUGAACUUCUGAUAUCUUCUUGGAAGGUGCAAGCUAAGGUGUACCCAUUGAAAUGCAUACACAGUGCCCUAUUGUUAAUAGGCAUAGUUGCCUGUUACUACUCAUACAACGACUUCGAACAAGCCAAUAUGUAUGCCGAUCUGGCCAUUCAAAACUUUCCAGAACCACUAGCUGCAAUCAAAUCGGUGUUGUCUUCCUCCUCACCUUCUCCUAUCGCUUCAUCGUCGUCACCGACUGCAAAGAUAUUUAAGUCGUCUGUUUCUUCGCCGUCGUCAUCGUCGUCCUCCCUAACGAAAUCAUCCCUGAAUACUGUCUUUGAAACUUGGUUUAUUCCUCUGCUAAAAACCAACAUAAAGAUCGGCUCAAGCCUCGCUAAAAGCCGGAAACCCCACGAACAAAAGAUCGUACAUCUGCAUAAAUUAGGUUACAACGUCACGACGACUGAAAGUUUACUAGAGUUGAUCUUGCAUAACAAAAAACAAUGGAUUGAAAUUGUUCUCGGGGAUUUCGAUAGGACAGAUACAAAUAGUUGAAUGACGUUAUAUUGUUGUUGUUGUUAUUAUUAUUGUUGUUGUUGUUGUUGUUAAUAUUGUUGUUGCUGUUAUUAACGUUACUGUUAUUAGGUUUGAUUAGUGUUGAUCUGCAUUGAGUUGAUUUAUUUGUCUGUCCGUCAGUUUGUUUGUUGGUUUUCUUAUGUUUGAUUUGUAUUAUUAUUUAGAAAAAUUAAGAAUUUCUUCAGUCAAUUACUAAUGAUAUUAAUAAUAUUAAUUUAUUUUUUUUUAAAUAUAUUUUUAUAUUUUUAUAAAUUGUACAUACUUUGAUUGACAUUUGAGUUCGUUCUAUAAACAGCAUAUGAACAAAUGUUUGACUGAUUGUUUGUUUGUUUGAUUGAUUGAUUGUUUGAUUGAUUGGUUGGUUGGUUGGUUGGUUAAAUGAUUGUUUGAUGGAAUGAUCGCAGGAUGAUUACGUCACAAGAAUACCGGAAAUGAAUUUAAAACAUCUUUGGUCGUGUUCAUAGAAAUUGAACUGCCUUCACAAAUUUUCAGUCCCGUUAUUUUUUCAUGUAACUUGGCUAUUAAUCGAACUUAUAUCUUUUUACACGAAUAAAAAUAAAUUAAUAGUACUAAUAAAUGUGAAUAAUAAUAA